GUACGAGCUCGCGAGGGUUUGGUAUCCGGUUUCAAGGAAAUGCUUUUUCCGAAAGCAAACAGACUCACCCAAAAAUUGCCAAAGCAUAUCGACGAUCCUUUUCACUUUCUCAGUCUCAGAGUUAUCUUUAUUGGAGCAGUGUACGGAUGUCGACCAAGAGCAGCGAACGUGGAUUGCACGCCGGCGGACCAGGCAGCGUGGUAUUUCAGGACGUCCCUGUUGACAUUGGUGUUUUGGGCAAGUCCGAAGCAGGCCCGGCGCUGAUAUUCAGGACGUUAUGCCACAUAGCUGCUGGUGAAAGCGGUGAACACCAUGGCCCGAGUAAGCGAUCCUACUGUUCAGAGCUGGCCCAAGCCCGCCCCAGUGCUAACAGUAAACCUACCUCUGCUGGAAGCGCAUCUGUACGGAUUCGUCUGAAUGGACGGAGUUUUUCCGUUGCCAUAGAUCUACCGACUGGCAUAUGUGUGAGCUUCGAGACGGACGACAGGCUUUCAGCUGUAGUUUGCUCCCAGAGCGUAAUCCUGUGCCUUUCCUGCGUACCGGCGUUGAGUCGGAGGACCAAGAAGGGUGCCCGGUCAUACAACUCGCGCUGCACAGAUGCCACACUUGGGGGUUUGGUGGAUACUGAUGGCGUCCUCACGUCAGCUUUCCAGUACCGCUUGGAUUUGUCCACCCGCGCAGAACAUAUGUCAGCAAAGCGACGGCUGCUGGACAUUUCCAGGCAAGGCUCACGCUUUCGGCCGGUCGUCCGAGAGGUGGCGAACUGCGCGGAGACUGAGCCGUCGGGCAUCGUGGUUACACAGUGCGCCGCGAGUGACUUUGCGCACCUGUGUCAAGUGAGUCACCGCACGCCAGCGGUUCUCGGCUCGGAAUGUGAUUUUGAUGUGGCCUUUCUGCUGGAGAAUCUGCUAUCGCUCGGCAUCAUCCACAUUUUUCAACUGUCCAGUUUUGCAAGUGUCCUACAGGCAUUGCCGCCAACAGUUGCAUGUCGUGCGUUACGACUUUUAGGCAGCCGGAAACCACGUGAGCUCAGCAAUGGCCGUGAGCAAGUGGCAUCGCAGCUGUACGCUUGCCUGGCUCAGCUUGAGAGCUGUGUACAACAGGUGCUGUCAGUCGGCCACAGUGCAAACAAACCCGCCGGCAUGAACAGGUCACCGGCAGCUGCGGAUGCUGCUGCACCGCAAUCAAACGGCAACGGCACGCUUGGAACUGAGCUGGAUCACACUACGGCGCAGUCCACUGCUCAGUCGCAAUCUGACAAUGCCAGCACUGAGGGUAGGACUAGGCCUGGCACCAGUACAGCUGCUGAUGCUACUGCUGAGGAUGAUGAAAUGACGUACAUGAUGUGUCGCAGGGUUUACGUCACGCCCCUAGCUAUUCUCUGCGGCAAUAUCCAGCGCGAGCUGUCCAACCGUGUUGUGAGGAACUUCUGGCAGAUGCGGGACCGCUUUGUGCGCGUGCAUUUCUGCGACGAAUCGCUCGCCGCGCUGAACAGGAGCGCGGCGGGUUUGGAGCGGGUCCGCCGUGUGAUGACGGACGGAUUUCAUCUCUGCGGCCGUCAUUACGAGUUGCUAGCCUUUUCCGCGAGCCAGCUCAGAGACCGCUCGGCUUGGUUUUUCGCAAGGAGCGAGGGGUUCUGUGCGGCUGACAUACGCGGUUGGCUGGGUGACUUCCGCCUCAUUUCCAACCCAGCCAAGUACUUUGCUCGCCUGGGCCAGUCGUUCAGCGCAACACACACCACCAACAAGCUGGCCCGUCUCAUAAAUCGCUUUGAGCGGAUACGAGACGUAACAUCUCCAGAUGGAAAGUAUGUGUUCUCAGAUGGUGUUGGCAGGAUUUCACUGGAGUUUGCACGCAAGGCUGCCAAUUCUCUGGGUGUUGGCAAGGAUCAAGCCGUGCCUUCAGCAUUUCAAAUCCGAUUCGGUGGUUACAAGGGCGUUGUCAGCGUCUAUCCGAAGAUGCCAGCCGGCGUAUGUCUGCAGCUGCGAGCCAGUAUGGAUAAAUUCCAUUGCAGACAUGACCAGUUGGAGGUUAUUCGGAGUGCUGAGCGGAUGCCAGGCUUCCUGAAUCGGCAACUAAUCCUUCUGCUCUCGACAAUGGGCGUACCGGAUAGCGUGUUCAUUCAUUUGCAAGACAAGGUCAUUAGAACGCUCAAUCAUGCUCGUCUCAAGAAAGAGUGUGCUUUACGCACGAUCCGCUUCCACGGCUGCCACUUGCCGUCCACACCGCUGCACUGCCUGCAGGAGAUGCUGGACAGUGGCGUGUCGCUGGCUGCAGAGCCAUUCAUGCAGAGGUGCCUAUCCGCUCUUGCACAGAUGACCAUGCGUAGCCUGCGCUACCGAUCACGCAUCGCCGUGGAGAGCUCCGGCUUCUUCAUGGGAAUAAUGGACGAGGAGGAUGUGCUGGAAUACGGCCAGGUGUUCAUUGCAGUCCGAGGCCACGAAGACAAACCCUCCAUUGAGGUCAUCACAGGUCCAGUUGUUGUGGGAAAGAACCCGUGCUACCAUCCUGGUGAUCUGAGAGUGCUGCAGGCGAUCGAUCACCCGUCUCUCCGGCACCUUGUCGACUGCAUUGUAUUCCCACAGCGUGGACCACGACCGCAUCCGGACGAGUGUUCAGGUUCAGAUCUGGACGGCGACCUGUACUUUGCUGCAUGGGAUGAGCACCUAAUACCACCACGCGUGUUUGAGGCAAUGGACUACACGCCACCUACGCCCAUUGCCCAUGCCACUGGCAACACUGUUGCCGACAUGGCUGAGCAUUUUGUGGAGUUUCUGAAAAGCGACAUGUUAGGCGUCAUCUCCAAUGCGCACUUGGCGUUGGCGGAUAAUUUAGAAAACGGAGCCUUAUCAGCGGAGUGCUUGGAGCUUGCAUACCUCAAUUCACUGGCAGUCGACUACCCCAAAACGGGCGUACCAGCUGUGAUGGGCCCUCACUUACGCGUUCAACAGUUCCCGGAUUUCAUGCAGAAAGCAGAUGGCUUCAGGCGUGCCGUUUACCCGUCCAACAAGGUCCUGGGUCGCCUGUAUCGUGCGGCGUGCACCAGCCAAACGGUCCUGGAAGCCGAGGAGCGAGCGUCCCCGGGGGCCCAAGCAGCGGGGAGGAGUAGUGCGGAUUGCGAGCAGGGUGGCUUGCAUUACCACUGCGAUGAUGAUCUACUGAUUGAUGGCUAUGCUAGCCACCUGACCGAGGCUCGGCGUGUCUUUCAAGAGUACCGUUGCCGUCUUCUCGUCUUCAUGGACCAGUAUGGCGUGAGCAGCGAAGCGGAUCUGUUUGCCGGUGUGUGUGCCGGUGAAAAAUCCCACGGCCGUGGCAGCGCUGGACAGCUGAGCAACUCCAAACAGUAUGAUAUGCGGCGACAUCAGCUCGCCGAGCUUUCGGCAUACUUAGACCAAGUGUACAACAAUGUAUUCCUAGAUCAAUCAGCAGCUGAACAUCCUGGUGGACAUCUCGGCGAUCCUGAUUCGUGGCGUUCCCACGAGCAGUACUACCUGGAAAAGGCAUCUGCAUGGUAUAAAGUUGGUUUGGAAUACAACUUAUCGCAGUACUCCCCCUCGUCCAAAGCCAUGUGUCACUCGUUUCCCUGGCUCGCUCAUCGGCAGCUAUGUGCUCUGAAGCGCCGUAAGUUGAUGCAGUCAAAGCUAUUCGGCCGCUCCUAGUUCACAGGUUAAGGUGGUGUGCGUAGACAUGGUAUGGGCAAGGCUUUACUAGUAUUCUCUCUAGCAUGCCGCUGGCCCGGGCCAAUGCUGUGCACUGUCUCCAGUCCACUUGACUCGUCCAGUAUUACAAAUUCAAUGUAGUCUAUCUCUGAUCCUGGACCGUGUACCGUCAUGUCAACGUGCUGGUUAAAGUAUGUGCUUGUACAAGUUUCACUGUGGCAAGGUUUUAAAUGCCCAUGGCAAAUGUACUGCCCGGCCCGCGCCCGUGUUCCAGACUUACCCCUAUCCAGACAACAGUCUAUUUUUACACUAUUUGAAAUUUAUUUCCAAACUAUGCUCUUUCUUAAAAACCAAGUUAACCUGCAUUCAUGAUCCGUCCCACAGAAUAUUCAGAUUGUACUACGGGUGGCGAACUCUGAUUAUAUUUUACACUGGCAUUUCGAUUCAAGACGGAAAGCAGCAUUCUAGGCCAUCACAUAAGUGGAAUGGUGGAGUUAGCUUUUAUUUUUUUAAUUAAUUUUCUGCGAGUCACAAGUUCUAGCAAACAUUCCAAGCUGCCGUGACUCAGUCCUUGAGAACGUUGAGUUAUCCUCGCUCUGCCCAGCAACAUGCAAUACAGUAGUUUUAGCCAUUACAGUAGUUACCGUUAUAGGAUCAUCUUGAUACCAUCAUGCUUAGUCACAGCUUUUCAACAUUUUAGUUUUAGCUUAGCUCGCCUUGUGCGGUGUAGUACUAGUCCAGUAUGUCAUUUUAUCAUUGCACUAGUCCCUUUUCCAGGAUUGCAAAUUUGGUUCCCGUCAUAGGCGAAGCACGCGUUGGAAUUUCUCAGAAAUGUUUUGUUGCUGCUGCUGCUGCAGCUUGCGGUGGCGGUGUAUUGUAGUCAUUAUGGCGUGGCGCAUUUACUCUCUCCAGUCUAUAUUUUACUCACCUGCUAUGCAGGUGGUGGUGCUGUGUGCCAGAACCGAAUCACUUUUCUUAGUACUAAAUGAGCCAUUUCAAUUCGUUUAUAUUCAUUUUUCAACAACAUUUCCUCUCUUCCACUUGCCGAGAACAUCACAGACUGAGAAGGACAA